AUGUCCCCCUCACGAGGCCCCCUCCUCCGCCUCCUUCACCGCCCCCCCACCCGCACCCUCAGCACCCUCAGCACCCUCAGCACCCUCCGCACCCUCCUCCCCACCACCACCCGCCUCCAAAUCUACCUCUCCACCUCCACCACCCCCGCCACAAACCUCUCCCUGGAACACCACCUCCUCACCGCCUCCCACCCCUCCACCACAGCCCUCCUCCUCUACACAAACACCCCCUCCAUCAUCCUCGGCCGCAACCAGAACCCCUGGCUCGAGGCAAACCUGCCCCUCCUGGGCUCCUCCUCCAAUUCCCACUCCAACACCGAGAGCGCACCAACCCUCCUCCGCCGCCGCUCCGGCGGCGGCACGGUCUUCCACGACCUCGGGAACGUCAAUUACUCCGUCACCAUGCCGACCGCCACGUUCGACCGCGACCGCCACGCGCGCGUCGUGGUGCGCGCGCUGCGGCGGCUGGGCGCCGCAGAGGCGGUGGUUAAUAAACGGCACGACAUAGUACUGCUUCCUGCGGGGGCGGGUGUGGCGGAGGAGAAGCUGGGCGGGGAGGCGCCGGACGGGACAAGGAAGCGGAGCUACCACCAUGGGACGAUGCUGCUGAGCGCGGCGCUGGGGGAGGUGGGGGUGUGGUUGAGGGGUGUUGCGGGCGGGUGGAUGGCGGGCAGGGGGGUGGGGAGUGUUAGGAGUCCUGUGGCGAAUGUGGGCGUGGGGAGGGAGGCGUUUGUGAGGGGUGUGGUGGAGGAGAUGGGGAGGGAGUAUCUUGGGGAGCGGGGGGCGGAGAUGGUGGGGAGGGCGAUGGAGGAUGGGGAGGAGGGGGAGGGUGAGGAGGUGGGCGUGUGUUAUGUUAGUGAGGAGGAGGCGUUGGCGGUGCCCGAGAUCAGGAAGGGCGCGGAGGAGCUGAAGUCAGUGCAGUGGACAUACGGCCAGACACCGCAGCUCACGUUCUCUGUGCCGCCGCCAGACGGGGCCGCAGAGUUGCUCGAGGGCGCUCCGCUGCCGCCGGAGGGCGUGCGGUUCAGCAUCACGGCGAACAAAGGUGUGGUGGAGAAGGUCGAGUCGGAGCUGGAGUGCAUGCAGGGCUUGGUGGGGCUUCGAUUUGACGGCGGCGUGAUCAACGAUCACAUCAGUACGUUCGGGGAUGCACCGGAGGGCCUGGGUGAGUGGAUUGAGGGCGUGCUGGGGAGGACGGAGUGGGGGGAGAGUGCGGAGUAG